AACAAAAAUUCCCAAGGUGGCUAGACAGCAACUUUUUUUUUGAUCGCGUUGUACAUUUCAGCACAAGCGCACUGUAUAUAUUUACGUACCCGUUGUAUGUUUGGCAACACUGCUCAUGACUCGUAUGUUGUUUUUAGAUCAUAAUCAAGAGGGCAUUUGAUACAUCUAGUUUAUUUGUGAUUGAUGUUAUAAGUAUUGCAUCAUUUUGUGUAAUUAUUGCUUCAUUCGGUAAUUUUGCAUUUAAAUCUUUGUUAAUUGUAAAUUGGUUGUAACUUUGUGACGACUAUAUUGUGAGCAAGAGCAAGAAAGAAGUAGAGAAAUGGGGAAAAAGAAAUUUUCCAAAGGAGGCCAAGGAGAAAAAAAAGAUGACCAGGCACAGCAGCCAACUGCAUCUUCAUCUCAACAACCACCUGCAGGUGGAGCACAAGGAGGUCAACAGAGACAGCCACAGCAGCCAUCACAUUCCGGUCGAGGUACUGGUUCUGCUUCAGAAAGGCAACCACAACCUGCAGCAGCUGCUGGGGCACAGGGCGGUCAAUGGAGAGACCAACCACCGCCACAAGCCGGUCGAGGGGAUGGUCCUCAAAGGCAACCUCAACCUAGGGCGACAGGCGGUCAAGGUCAAUGGAGAGAUCAACAACCGCCACAGGCCGGUCAAGGUGAUGGUCCUCAAAGACAACCUCAACCUGCGGCGACAGGCGGUCAAGGUCGAGGGAGAGACCAACAACCGCCACAAUCCGGUCGAGGGGAUGGUCCUCAAAGGCAACCUCAACCUAGGGCGACAGGCGGUCAAGGUCAAUGGAGAGAUCAACAACCGCCACAGGCCGGUCAAGGUGAUGGUCCUCAAAGACAACCUCAACCUGCAGCGACAGGCGGUCGAGGUCGAGGUGAUGGUUCAGGACGACAACCACAAGCUGCCGCCUCAGGUGGUAGAGGUAGAGCAGCCGAUCAGCAAAAAAAUAAACCUGGUAGAGAUCAUAAAGAGUGGACGAAGGAUAGUAGAGGCCCCCCUGAAAAACAAUUCGGCAAGCUGUCUGUAGAAGAGUCUCAAUCUGGCAGAGGUAGAGAAGAUGUUGGGCAGCAACACCAACGUGAGUUUCCUCCACAAUCCAGAUAUCCACCUCAACAGGCCCAACAAGGAGCACCUCCUCCCCAACAGGUUCCACCUGCCACACAACAACCCAGAGGUCCAUGGGAUUCCCAGGCAAGACUUCCUUCUCCUGCAAAGCAACUGACUCCUGCACAAUCGGUCACAUCAAUUUCAAGUCAGGAGUCUUUUCCCGCAGAACCCGAUCGUGCGCCCAAAGGAAAGCAGCAAGGCAAGGGCCCUAAACAACAGCCAAAAUCGGCACAAGCGGGCGACGCCGGCAAGCAGACGAAAGCGCGUCAAGAGGGUUCGCCUACGGAUUUUAUCGUGCCGCUGAGAAAGCAGCUGAAAUCUGGAGGUACCAAGGGACGAAAGAUCACCAUCGAAACCAAUCACUUGGCUCUAAUUUUGAAACAUUUAAAGCCCGCGAUUCACUACGAUGUCGCAAUCGAGCCGGACAAACCUAAGAAGUCGAUGAGGGCGGUUAUGGAACAAUUUCGUAGGGACAAUUAUCCGAAUCGUUAUCCAGCAUUCGACGGGGUUAAGAACUUGUACAGCUCGUCUCCUCUACCCUUCGGACAUGAGAUUGCGGCAGACGUUACAAUUAAUGUCGAUGAACAGGCCAAAAUUUAUAAAGUUAAAGUGAAGUUUGCAGCAGAAGUGGAUCUGCAAUGUUUAGCCGAUUAUUUUGGGUCUACUGCACGUGCAAAUAUCCACAUGGUCACGCCUCAAGAAGCGAUUCAGUGCUUGGACAUUGUUUUGAGAAAUGCUCCGGCUUUGAAUUGUAUACCGGUCGGGCGAUCAUUUUUCACACAACCAAACAGGAUGAUUGAUCUGGGGGAAGGAAUGGAAAUGUAUAAUGGUGUCUACCAAUCGGCUGUGCUCGGUUGGAAACCUUUCUUAAAUGUAGAUGUUUCGCACAAAGCGUUUCCAAAAAUGAUGCAUGUCUUGGACAUGGUUCAAGAAGUGUGUGGUAGUUAUUAUCAACUGACACAACCAUUGGUUCACCAGAAUCAUGACGCAGUGAAUAGGUUUAUGAAGAUGCUAAAGGUUGUGUAUAUGAUACCAAACCAACCAAACUCGAGGCGCAUAAUGAGAGUCAAUGAGUUGGACAGUCCGGCCAAAGAUGCACGUUUUAGAAAUGAACAGAACGUUGAAAUGACCGUAGCAGAUUAUUUCGCUAAAGUAAAACAGGUCCCUUUACGUUAUCCGCAUUUGCCUUGCUUGUGGGUCGGCAGUAGACAACGGCAACCGAGAAUUCUGCUACCAAUGGAAUUCUGUACCAUUGAACCUAAUCAAGUUACCAAUCGGCAAAUGACUCCCAAUCAAACAUCGAACAUGAUAAGAAGCGCUGCCACCUCUACACAAAUUAGAAAACAGAAAAUUAUGGAUUCGGUGGCGCGAGCGAAUUACAACAGUGAUCCCUGCGCUAGAGAAUUUUCAAUAUCCGUAAAUACGGACUUCACAAAAGUUCCGGCAAGAAUUUUACAACCACCUUCUAUUCGGUAUCACAGUAAUUCGGUAAACGUACAAAAAGGCGUAUGGCGAGCGGACCAGUUCUGUACAUCGAAUCAACUACAGAAUUGGACUAUUGUAUGCCUUGAUGACCGUACAAAACCGCCAGCACUUCAGGAAUUCGCCCAAAUGAUGAUCGACCAAGGAAGAAGACCUUUGGGUAUGACCAUUGCGCCUCCAAAAAUUUUGACUGUACGCACACAACGUUACAGAGAGAAGGAUACCAUAGAAGCUAAGUUCAAAGAGCUUAAAGAUCAGCAACUGAUAUUAGUUGUAAUACCUGACCAAAAAGAGAUUUACAAUUAUGUUAAACAAGCUGCCGAAAUCAGCGUCGGCGUUAUGACCCAAUGUGUGAAAGGGAAAAAUGUGUUCAGACCAAAACCGUCAACUGUCGGAAACAUUCUUCUGAAAGUCAACGCGAAAUUAAACGGAUUGAAUCACACACUUUACGAGACUCCUCGGUGUUUGAAGGAACCUUGUAUGAUCAUGGGUGCUGAUGUCACACAUCCCAGUCCCGAGAGUAGAGGAAGUGUACCAAGCGUAGCUGCCGUUACAGCAUCUCACGAUCGUUACGCCUUCAAGUACAACAUUACCUGUCGAUUACAGCAAUCUACGCAAGAAAUAAUCACCGAUUUAGCAAACAUAGUUAAAGAACACUUGACCUACUUUGAAAAGACCAACAACAUAAAACCGAAGCGAAUUAUAUUCUUCCGUGACGGUGUGUCGGAAGGUCAAUUUGAAAUUGUCGUUAACUCCGAAGUCCAGGCGGUUCGUCGAGGAUGCGCGAUGGUGGAUCCCACCGGAAACUAUAAGCCUCAGCUAACGUUUUUGGUCGUUCAAAAGCGGCACCACACCCGAUUUUUCCCCAUGAGCCAAAGGGACAGCGAAGAUAGAAAUUUUAAUGUGCCCGCAGGUACAGUCGUCGACACCGAAAUUACCCAUCCGACGGCCUUAGAUUUUUACUUAGUUUCGCACGCAAGUAUUCAGGGCGUCGCAAGACCAACGAAAUACAGAAAGCUAUGGGACGACAAUGACAUGCAAGAGGACGAGUUGGAGGAACUUACAUAUCAUUUAUGCCAUUUAUUUGCGCGCUGUACGCGAUCUGUUAGUUAUCCGGCACCAACUUAUUAUGCCCAUUUGGCGGCGGCGCGUGCUAAAGUUUACUGUGAAAAUCAGCGCAUUGAUAUGAACGACUUGGCACGUGCUCAAAGGUUAUUGGCAAUCAAGACUGAGAUUGUAAAAGGUACCCCAAUGUAUUUUGUUUAAUCUCCUAGUACGCUUCGUGCUGCUGCUACCUUUUUUUUUUAUAGAUCCAAUUUGUCAAAUUUGUAACUUCUUAAAGUAGACAUGUCUUUCUUUAUUUAUGGUGGUAAUUGCAUUUUUUAUGGUCUUCUUUCUACUGUACCUAUGUAUUCCUCUUUUGAAGGAAAAUGUUACUGAAGUCAUACUUCAAAUAUAAACAGAAGAUGUAAAUGUC